AUGAUUACUGCUGAUAAAUGCCUGAAUAAAGAUCGGUACGUUCAACUUUUAAUCCGAAUCUUUUGUGUGCGACAAAUGUCCAGAAAUGCAGAAGUAGACGUGCUGAAAAUGGAGCAAUUGAAAGCGUUAGCACAAGAACUACGAGAUCAUUUCAAAAGAAAACGACUCGUGGAGAGUUCUCGGGCUUUCGUACAGAUAUUGCACAACUUGACGGAGUUUAUAAGCUCUCUGCAGACUGUUUAUACCAUGGUAAGAAUUGGUUUAAAACAAAAGCUUCGUUUGCCAUAAAUGUAUGGGCGAAAUUGAAGAACUUCAAUAAUUUUCAGUGCAGCUCCAGCGCUAGUAAGGAUUCUUGCAUCAGCCCAGGCGUUUUGGACAACGAUUUCGAACAAAUGAAGGCCAGUAAAGACUUGAUUGGCAAACGAAUUCAGGAGUUUAAACUUUCCAACUUCACCAACCCUGUAAAUCCAUUGGAAUGGGUAAUUGAACAUAUGACAUUGUAUGAACUUUAUAAGCUUCAGGACUUCCUCACAAACGUCAAUAGCAUCUUGCUAAACUGUAGCCUUUGCCGAUGGUCAGUUCUGGAUGCAGCCAUUAAGCAGAAAGACGUGAAAGAGAUUCGAAGAAUCGGGAGUUCGAUUUCAAGUCUAUUAAUGCAGUUGGAGAGUUGUAUUUCCUUGUUUAAUCGGGGAAUAAGAUCAUGAUAUUGUAGGGCUCUAUUGUCUAAUUCUAUCUGAAAGUAGACACGUUUUUCGGUGUCGGCAGAAUCUGCUGAUGGAUUUUUCCAUGUUGUCAAUUGAAUUAGAAGUUUAUCUCUAACAUGUGUCUUAAUCAUUAUCAGUACUCAUAGUUGUCUACCAUAACUGAUGGAUGCGUAGGCAAUGAGCUCAACAUUAUCAAUAUCGCCAUUUUCUGUUCUUACUGGACAUUAAAAUAAAUCGUUCAAUUUUCACCUCAAAAAAGUGUUCAGAGAUCACCUUUGUGCAUGCGUUUGCGUACAUUCAAUAUUACCACUGCUUAACAGCGGAAAUUCGUCUCCUCAUCCCGAGGACAGGUGAAUUUUCCUCUUCUAGUCACUCGCCGUAUAUUUAUUUUCUCAUUCCCAUUCGUUUUUCAUCAGCACAGCAGCAGUGGCGAAAAAACAAAAUGUUGUCACUUCCGUUUUCUCCGCAAAAUUGUCGUGAACCAUCUAAUUAUCCGGUGUACAAGUCGGUGAUGAAUGUAAUCGGAGUUUCACAAUUUCCAUUCGUCGUAUUGUCGGUUUAUUGUAUUCUGAAAAGAUCCUCGUGGAGUAUGGGCACCUACAAAUGGCUCAUUUUAGGUUUUCAGCUUGCGUAGGUCGUUAUCAAUUGUCAACUGCAAGAGCGAUCCGUUUCAGCAUAAUAACAUUCAACGUGUGCCUCACAAUCCUCUGCACACCUAUCAUCUUUUACCCAUUUCUAAGCGGCUACCCGUUCGGAUUACUAUCGCUGCUCGAAGUUCCCUCCCGUUGGCAAUAUCUGAUCACAACAUUCGCACUGGCAUGUGUGGGUGCGUCCACCACUUGUCUUUUCGAAUAUCGCCAUCAAAGUGUCCUACCCAAUUUCCAUAUGCUCCGACAUUCCGUCGAGUAUCGUGUGUUCAAAAGCGCAAUGUACUUUCUCAUUGGUAUUUUCCACGUGUGGCUUCCAGCCUUCCUCAUCGAUUUCGAUGAUCGCGGCCUCAUUAAUGAAAUAGUGGAGGUGUGGAAGAAAGCGCCGUGCGACGUUUGGAAUAAGGAAACUAUCGUCAUUUCGGUACACACUCUGGGAUUUUUGCACUUCUAUUAUAUGGGUGGAGUGGCAAUUGUUAUCAUUUUCUCUAGUUUCUAUGCGUUUCAUUCCUUUUAUAUAAUCCGGGCGACACGUAUAUUGUUGUCAAAGGAAAUGCAGAGGAUUCAACGGACUCUUCUAAAAGGGUUGUUGCUUCAGGUAGGAUGGGAUUGAAAGGUUGUGUAUUCUGAGAACCUUUCUAUAAAAUUCUCUCUACAGGUGCUCAUUCCCUAUUCGGCUCUCGUUCUUCCAGCUGCUCUGGGUCUCGUCAUUCUUCUGCUAACCGGUUGUUUUGAACAAGUAUAUGUCCAAAUUGGUCUGUGCUUAAUCUCCACACAUGGCCUUCUGGCCACUAUCACCAAUAUUCUAGUUCAUCAAUCCUAUCGCAACUAUUUCUUCUUUUUGUGUAGAAGACUUUUCGUCCCAAUUGGUAAGAGCAAGGGGAGACAGCAAUUAUGAAACUUAACAAAAACAUUGCAGGCAUGAAGGUGAGCACCGUGGAUGAGUUCACAACUCUUCCGAAUCUACGAAAAGUUGGAACGCACGUUCAUGUUCAUGCACAUACUCAUAUUCAAAUUACUAAAUUCUAAAGAACUUUAUGAUAGAUAGAAAUAAAGUGUUACUGUCUCAAAAGAGACUAUACUCUCACUCGGUAAAUGCCGGCAGCUUCUGAGCAAACUAUGGGAUGAUAGCUGCUUUUGAACAACAUUUCAGCAAGAUCUGCGCAGAUUCUGGACAAGAGUUGCUGAAGUUCUGCUCAAAAGUUGCAGAGGUUUACCGAAAAAUGACAAGGUAGGCUGACAAGGUCGCCCGAAACUAUUUCUGAUGGGGAAUGUGAAGAAGCGUCGGACGAUUUGAAUGUCGUCGAGCACGGAGAGCUUUCCGGGACCUCUUCAGAACUUACGUGGAGCCAUGAAGACGGAGAGCAGGAGAAUAUGAACCCAAUGCGAGGUGAGACUAUUUUUUGCAGCUUUUCAGAAUAUUUUAUCCUUGAUUAUAUCGAAUUAAGCAGUAAAACAUCGAAAAGUUGUAUUUUUUGAAAAAAGUUUGUUUUUCGUUGACAAGCGCGGAGAAAAACGUCGCGCGCGGCGAGCGAACUUUCAAGGCGCAGCUACUUUUAGGAGGGCCGGGUCCCGAAGGGAAUUGAGAGAAUGGCUGGCUUCCAUUGAAAAAAUAUAAAUUUACAAAAAUUAACGUUUCUAAACGUUACCCGAACGUCUAAUUCGUCAAAAAAAAGUAAAUCUCAAAAAUCCGUGAAAUCCGUGGCCACGUUUUCACUCAGUAUUCACCAAAAAGCAACCAGAAUCUUCCUGCAACACCAGUUUGUGUCUCCGAAAAUGCAUUUGGGGCCGAGCAUUUCGACGGCUCUCAUGGUGAUCGCGGUACUGAUAGCUAUAGCUUGUGAGUUUUCCUUUGCACUUCUCAGACUCUCAAAAUAUACUUUCAGCGUUAAACGAAACUGUCUUGGAAACAUAUUUCUGGGGAUCCUCGGAAACUGCCCAAUCCCCCUAUCAAGGUGAGCAAAUUGUGCUAGAAGUUGGACUGAAAAAUUAUAUUUUCCAGGUCUCGUAGAAUACGAAGACUCUCUCCGCGACGAUAUAUUCUUUGUCCGACACACCAGAAACACCGGAAGUGAGUUGAAUUUUCCAGCGACGGUUGCGAAACAUUCGCCGGUUGCAAAGUGUAUGCGUAAACAAAUUAAUAAUUGCAGAUAUCGAUUUCGAAUUGGUGGUGCUGGACAUGAGGAGAAUGUCGCAAAUUCUGACGGCCAUGGCAAUCGAAGUGAAAAGUAUGGAGAACGGAGCAUUGCCAAUAGAUGAGCUGAUCGCCGAACUGAUGGACGUCAGAUCCGCUGCUGACUUGGCCAAGUGGAUUCAGUUCGACAAAAACGCCGUCGAGGGAUUCGUCACGAAGCUCAGAGACUUCUCGAAGACACUGGCGUCUGUGCAGGUGCUCGACACGAUCGAUGCGAUGUUCAAUGCGCUGGAAUCGGCGAAAGAGGAGUACAAGUCUCUCGGCGAUCUCAACGACACAUCCAUCUUGCAAACUUUUUUCACUGCGGUCGAUAGAAUUAAGUCCAAUCUGAUCAACGUCAGCCUGAUCAACGACUUCGUGAGCUCAAUCAAAGCUGCUCGAUCACAAUUGGCGGAUGUCGGGGACCUCUCUAUUUCUGUCAGCUCAAUGACUGAUGACGAAAAGCAAUAUAAGCAAAAUUUCCUUGUCGAUUUAAAACGAUACGUUGACACCAUUCUCCAUAAAAUACGGGAUAUCAAUGGAUGGAUUAAACGUUUUGAAGCCCACCAAGAGGUCAUCAAUAAUAGUCCUAUUCUCGAGUCGCCGCAGAUCAAACUCUUCGUGUUUAUCCAAUCCCUCAUCGCUAGAAAGGCGAACGGCACGAUCUCCGAUCUGGACGCCUCGCAAGUGACAGCCAUCAACGAAUUAUACACUUCCGUCGCUCAAUUCUUCACGGAUAACAACGAGGUGCGCAAUCAGCUGAGAGCGAUGAAGGAAGUCGUGAAAUCUCGAGAUGCUCAUCGGAAACCCCACUUGCUCAAGCAUACCACCGGCUUCUACGACGUGCGGAACGACCUGUCUUCGAUACAAUCAACCUGCUACUCGUUCAUGGUCCACGAACUCACUGGCGGAUAUCAUCCUCGUUCGUUGGCUGCUGCUGUCGCGUGGCCGAUGGAAGUGCUCGAAAAGAAGGUCAGUGCACUGAGUGGCAUUUGGGAUGGCUUGCGGCAGACUGGAGCUGUUCAACGAGUCGACGAACUGGAGAAGAUGUUCGAGGAGGCCGGAACUCUUGAUAAACCGAUGCUGGAAAGGAUCAUCGAGUGGGUCGGAUGGCCGAAAAUCCCGUCUCUUACACCCAUGCAAGCAGCCUACGAAAAUUGCGAACAACUGGUAGACACAUUUACUGCUCUACUGUCUAUGAUGUCUUCACUCUCUAACGUUCUGAGAGACACGCUGGAGCUAUCCAAGUUGAGAGAUGCCAUCCAAUUCACUGACAAUUCAAAUCUGGACGCGGAGCUGUCGGCCGUUAUGGCAAAUUUGACAAAUUCGAAGCACAAGGAGCUCCUAAAAAACCUAACAGUGCUGAGCACACUUUUGGAUAAAGUUUCAGCGAAACUGAAGAGUCUUGGAAAACACCUCGACAUGAUCUCGGGAAAUCAGGCUAUGCUGAUAGAUUUUCCGACGAAGUAUGGAGGCAGAAGCUUCAUCAGCUUCUUCGAAAUGCUCGACACCAGCCGCCCUCAAAUCGAAAUGUUCAAGGACUUCAUCCGGUCUACGCGCAAGAUCAAGGAUCAGCAGAACGAUGGUAAACUGCUCGACAGCAUUUCGAAGGACGCCGAGUUGAUGUCCGACUCUAUCGUCACCCUGGAGGACUUCCGAAAGUAUCCGGAGCAGAUUAAUGCGAAUCGGACGCUGCAGAUGACGGACUUGUCCGAUAUAUGGAACCUUCCCUACCAUUCGGAACACUUUGGACGCGCUGUAGCCGCACUGAUCGCCUUCGGAAAGGUCGAGGAAAAGCGGACUGUCUUCGAGACAUUUCUGAGAGCAGGAGCGAAAGUGGAGCUGAUGAUUGAAGAUGUGCAGGAUCCCGCGUCGAAGAAGAGAGUCCAGUCACUUUGGGGAAACUUCCAGACAACCACUUCGGAAGUCCAAGACUUGCUGAGAACCGUCAAGGAUCGAAUGGGCGCGAUUCGAAGACCCUCGAGAUUUGCACGUUACACUGACCGAAGUGAUGAAGUCGGUCUGAAACUAUACCAAGCCGUGUUCACCGCUCCUUGUAUCUGGAACAGCGUCGAACUGGAUGCUGAAAACAGGAUGCAAGCACUCGACCAACUUCGGAUUCUUUAUCCCAACUUCGAGGACCUGUACGUUGCCAAGGCUUCGCUGGAAGAGCUGUCAGCUCUCGAUCUCGACUUUACCGAGUUCCAUGGAGCACUCUUCAGGAUUCCUCUAGCGCUCCAUUUUCUGGACAAAACGCUGGAGUUCAAGAGAGCAGCCUUCAGUACUCCGCCUAUCGAACCGUGAGUUCACAAUAUAAUGUGCCGUUUUUAAACCUCCAUUCUUUUUUAGCGCAGCCACGCUGUUUUCGGUUCCAAUGCUGUGAGUUCAGAACCCCCUUCAACUAAAGCAACGCGUUUUUCUUUCAGGUUAACAGCGUCGAUUCUGAUUCUUACCGUUUGGUUUUUCUGCGGCUGCACACUAGAUAACUCGGCAAGCACAGUGAGCGAGAAGGGUCAACGAGGACCAAAGACGAAUCUGUUUUCCCGAAUGGUGAAACAAUUCAAGAAGAUGGUGCGGACCGCGGUGAUGGAAAAGAAGAUGAUAAAUCUGGAAAAGUCGAAUAUUGUUUCUAAAGAAAAGAUGGCAGAGAUUAAUAGCCUUCGGGAAUCGAAUAGGGAACGUCGACGGACUGUGAAGAACAAUGCGCAAGAGAGGAUUGACGCGAUGGCACGGUUUCGGAAGGAGAACGACGACAUCGCCAGGGCUAACGAGUACAAGUACAACAAGAACGACGAUGGUGAGAACUUCUGUUCUUUCCCUUUUUCGUCUCAUUCCACAUUCUUUUCAGUUGACAUGUACUUCUACGAUCCGGAAUGGUUCGUCCGCAACGGCUUCAGCACUGACGCGGCGUGCACCGUUCCCCGCGUCAAAAUGGACAUUAACAAAACGGUUCUGCAGGGUUAUUUCGAGUGGCAACUCCAAAAACCAGGACUCAUGGACGACGAUUUGAGAGUGGACCGCAUGGGAAUGUGUACAAUGUGAGUGGAUCUCUUAAAAGUACUAUCAGAAUGUUGAUACUUUGAGGUACCCGGAAAUGCCGCUCAUCAGGCAGACGUUGGCGAUCGACAGACACGAUGAGAUCAGAUGCUGCUACCACGCGAACAUCAUCAUUUUCCCAAUAUACGGACGAGCGAUCGCGUGCAUGGCCCCUAGUGGACGCACAAAAGUACCGUACCGCGACGACAUUUGGUUGAUGAUCACGGAAAACAAAUGCAAGAUCAUCGUUAUGUUGUGCAAUUUGGUGGAGGACGGCGUCGUCAAAUGCUACCCCUACUUCCCGGACGUUAUUGGAAGAACUAAGAUUUACAACGGAAGCAAAGUGACUCUGGACUCGCAAGAGGAGAAGUUCGACGGAGAGCUCAUCAUCCGACAGAUCACGUACCAGCCAGUGGAUCCAGAUGUCAUAAGGAUAGUACCGAAGGAGACGGUGAUACAUUACCAGAUUCCCAAAUGGAAGGAAGGAUCGAUUCCGAAGACGGAGAAUCAGAUCGAGGCUGUGCGAUUCGUUUACUACGCGACCCGGAGAAAGAGUAGAACGGUGAGUGAAGGAGAAAUGGGGGGAAAGAACUAGAUCUUGAUAAUUUCAAAAUCCCUACGACCGCGACCUCAUUCAUAUUUUUCAGGUUCCGUACGUUGUGCACAGCUCCAGAGGAACCGGACGUGCUUGCUGCUUUGCUGCUAUCGACUACAUCUACCAAGCAUCGUGCGCGAAACGCCGGAAGUUGACCCUGCCCGGACUGGUGUUGCAAAUGCGUGUCAUGCGAUAUAUGGCCAUCGAGACUGCCGAACAACUCCAAUUCAGCUUUCUGAUGGCCUACGAGGCAGUUGUCAGGGUAGGACAAAUGAUGAUCCCACUCUGUUUCCGUUAAACUCCAACUUUCAGGACUUCAAGGUGAAUGCGACCUAUACGCUGAUCUAUGACAACCGACAAUACUUGGCUCAUUUUCAUGACAUGGGACAGUUCAACGCUGACCUACGCAAAGAAUACGACGCGAAGUAUGAACAGAAACUGGCACGGAUCAAAGCGGACAAGACGGCGAAGGAACUGAGCAUCAGAUACGAUCUGAUUGGGAAGAGCAAGAAGACGGAGAAGGACGUGAAGGCGAAGUCAGACGAGCCGAAACCAGAGGAACCGAAGCAAGUGGAAGAGAAACCGAAAGGACCAAAGCCCGAUGAGACCAAACCGGAGGAGCCGAAGUUCAAGGAGGCCACACCGGAAGAGCGGACGCCCGAGGAAGCUAAACCGCAAGAGCAAAAGCCCGUUGAUGGCCAAAAGCCCGAUGAUGGCCGAUAA